AUGGAAUUCCCCUCCAAAAUAGUCUCAGACAGCCAAUACAAUCGGCUCGCCAGUGAUGGUGAGACAUUUAUAUCAGCAGAUGAUUUGCGAAUAAAUCUUUGGAAUUUGGAAGUUAGCAGCCAGAGUUUUAACAUUGUUGAUGUGAAGCCUGCAAAUAUGGAGGAUCUAACAGAGGUUAUUACAUCAGCCGAGUUUCACCCUACUCAUUGUAAUACACUAGCAUAUAGUAGCUCAAAGGGGUCCAUACGACUUAUUGAUUUGCGGCAAUCAGCUUUAUGUGAUAAUCAUUCCAAGCUAUUUGAGGAUCGUGCGACACCUGGGCCUAGGUCCUUUUUCACGGAGAUCAUUGCUUCAGUUUCGGAUAUUAAAUUUUCGAAGGAUGGAAGACAUAUCCUUACUCGUGAUUACAUGACUGUCAAGCUAUGGGACAUAAACAUGGAUUCUGGUCCUGUUGCAUCAUUCCAGGUUCAUGAAUAUUUGAGGCCGAAGCUUUGUGAUUUAUAUGAAAAUGAUUCAAUCUUUGAUAAAUUUGAGUGCUGCCUGAGUGGAGAUGGACUUCGAGUAGCAACUGGUUCAUACAGCAAUCUUUUCCGUGUUUUUGGUUGUUCUGCCAGAAGCGCUGAAGCAACCACCCUAGAAGCUAACAAAAACCCAAUGAGGAGACAAGUCCCACCACCUGCAAAGCCUGCAACAAGAUCUUUAGGUCGUCUAACAAGUGCUGUCAGAAGAGCAGUUGAAUGUCCAGGGGUUGAUGCCAAUGGAAAUUCUAAUGAUCUGUCGGCAAAACUACUCCAUCUAGCAUGGCAUCCAUCGGAGAAUUCAAUCGCUUGUGCUGCUGCAAAUAGUCUGUACAUGGAUCAGAGAAGGAAAAGUUAUUACGUCCGGACAAAAAACCGAAAAUCCGGACGAAUACCGAGUACUGUACCGAGCACUGUACCGAGCGCCCAAGUGACAUGGCACUUUGUUAUUGAUCUCUGGACGCAUUCAACGGCUGCCAAAAUCCAAGCGGAAGUCAAACUUCUCUUGUUCCCCGGAGGGCAGCUUGUUUCUGAUUAUUAUUUUAUCAUUACCCUUUUGUAGGGGAGGCCAAGAAAGAAAAUAACUAUAAAAUUUAGUUGUAUUUCUUCUUUUAGGUCGCAAUAUGUGGUUGUAGCUCUUCAACAAAAUACAGAAAGGCUAAAAUCAGGAAUGUCUCUGGGGGUUGAAGGGGGUCAUCUGAUACUGGGGGGAUUGUAUGGAAAAUAAAUUGUUAGGUGUUCAUCUUGGAGGUUUGUGUAAUUAUAUUCAUUUUUUUUUUCUUUUAAUUUUUUUAUCUCUACAAAGUUAACUACCCUUCUAAGCAAAUUGCUUACAUCUUGCUUUUUGCCUGCUUAUUGGGUAUGUUUUAUGAUGCUGCUUGUUUUGCCUUAUCUUGGAAGAAUAUUUCGUCCUUGCUAGAGUUCA